AAGCUGCGUCGUCAUCUACAACGGAAACACCUGCAUCAAUUUUCUUACUACUUCCCGCUCCCUUUCUUCCACCACUAUCGAUACCAUUGCCUGCCGCUGUCCACCGUUCCCGCCGUUUUCUGUUUUCUUGGCCUCAUUUACACUGUCAUCGUCGCUACCGAGGUGCCUACUCGUCUCUCCCCCCCCCUUCGGUCCGUCCUCAGGGACCUACCCAGCCCUUCGUCCCCAACGACCUUCUCUCCAAGCGCCCGUCCUGAAUGCGAGCACGCGCUUAAUCCCACCAUGUAUUCGAAUACCAAUUCCUUCGUCGGCGGCAACAACUUGCGCCCGGGCCAGCAGCAGUAUGGCAACGCAUUCGGCAUGGGGGCUGGCCCGGGUCAACAACCUCAACCCACGCAGCCAGGCACGUUCGCACCGCAGCCGACCGGGUUCGCUCAGGGCCCCUUAACUCAGCAGUAUACCGGCUUCCCAGGUGCGCAGGGCAUGCAGCCGCAGCACACCGGCAUGCCUUCUCAACAGUCGUCCAUGGGCCUUCAGCCUCAGUACACCGGCUUCCCCGGCCAGGCUCUGCCGCAACAGAGCUACCAAACGACCGCGCCCCCCGUGCCUCAGAUCCCCUCGCAGUUCCAGACCCAGGCCGGCCACCAACAACCGCCCCAGAACAAUGCGUUCCUGGCUCCGUCUACCCAGGCUGGCCCCUCUAUAUCCGCGCCGGCAUCGGCGGCGAUCACCGCCCAGCCGACUGGUUUCAGCGCCAUGGCGGCUUCCUUCAAAGCGAGCGGUGCUGCCGACCCUCAGCCGAGUGCUCAAGGCGCGCAUAAGCCCGCUAACAAGAUCCCCAACAUCCGAUUGUCCUUCAUAACGGCCCAGGAUCAAUCCAAGUUCGAGACCCUGUUCAAGUCGGCCGUGGGUGACGGCAUGACUAUGUCCGGAGAGAAGGCUCGAGACUUGCUCUUGAGAUCUAGGCUGGAUGGCGAUUCGCUAUCCCACAUUUGGACUCUCGCCGACACCACUCGAUCAGGCGAGUUACAUUUUCCCGAGUUUGCGCUAGCUAUGUACCUGUGCAACCUCAAGCUCGUGGGCAAAUCGCUUCCCGGCAGUUUGCCGGACCACAUCAAAAACGAGGUUUCGAGCAUGGUCGACAUCAUCAACUUUAGUAUCGCCGACGAUGGCCCCGGUUCCGCAGCCGCGACCAACGCGCCCGACUUCACCAGGCAGAAUACUUCCACUCCGCCAGUCAUACAACAUCCCCAGCCCUUACCUUCGAAUACCCAGUUGCUCCAGGCGCAGAUGACGGGUUUUCCAGGACAGCCGACAGGAUUCGCGGGUCAGACACUACAGCCUCAGCAGACCGGCUUUCCCGGCGGCCUGAACAAUCCGCAGCCUACUGGUUACAAUGGCCCUUUGCCUCCUUUGCCUCCGAUGCCCACCGGCUUUCCGGGGGGUCUUUCUCCUACCGGUAUAGCCCCUCUCAAUGCGCAACCGACCGGUAAACCCGGCCAGUGGGGUCUAGUAAACGCACCUGCAUCCGGCCUCCCCAACAUAGACGCAUUGCAAGCUCGAAUGAUGCCGCAGGCCGGUCGCGAGCAGCAGAGCUACACCACCGCCGGUCUGUCCGGCAAUGCAGUAAUCCCCUGGGCGAUCACCAAGGAUGAGAAGACGCGUUACGAUCAACUAUUCAAGGCAUGGGACGGCCUGGGCAAGGGCUUUAUCGGAGGAGACCAAGCGAUCGAGAUCUUCGGCCAGAGCGGUCUCGAGAAGGCCGAUCUCGAACGAAUCUGGACCCUAUCUGACAACGGAAACAAGGGUAAGCUGAACCUCGACGAGUUCGCCGUAGCCAUGCAUCUCAUCUACCGAAAACUAAACGGAUACCCCAUUCCCAAUACCCUACCACCCGAACUUGUCCCGCCGUCUACCCGCAAUCUCACCGAGUCCCUCGGCACCAUCAAGUCCCUGCUAAGCCAGGAGUCCGACUUCCGAAAGUCUUCUGGCGCCGACUUGCUACCUCAAAAAACGGGAGUGAGUUACUUAAAGAGUCACUCGUUCAGAGGAACCACUGGCGGGCUCAGUGCUGGGCGUAAGGACGCGACAGUGUUCAAAAACAACGACGACGUCGGGUACAGAUCGAGCGCGCGGCGUCGUAUCGGCAAUUCCUCACCUCGGCCCGAAUCGCCAGCUUCCGUGGCGUCUAACGAGGAACUCUCUAUCGAUCAGCUAAAGAAGAAGAUUCGGGAGAAGCAGGUCCUCUUGGAUGCUAUGGACUUCAAGGACGAGGCCGCGGCGGAGGAGGACGACAUUCUCGACAGGCGCGACAGGCGCGAGGCCGAAGAGCUGUAUCGCCGCAUUCGGCGGAUUCAGGAUGACAUUGACGCUCAUCCCGACGCGGCACUGGCGAGCGGUGACUCGGAAGCCGAGCGUCGAGCUCUAAAACGCCAGCUGCAAAACCUGACCGACAAAAUUCCCGAGCUGGCAUCCCAGGUCCGGAAGACUGAAAAGGCUAUUUCGGACGCGAAACUGGAACUCUUCCGUCUCCGGGACGCGAAAGCCCACCCCGGAAGCGCUUCUAACAUAAUCGGCACCGGGCCAGGUGGCUCAAUUACAGAAUCGGACCGCCUCAAGGCUAGAGCCAAGGCUAUGAUGCAGCAGAGAACUGCUGCCUUGACUGGCAAGAAGAUCGACGCCGGUGGCGAUGACGGGGAUGCGCAGAAGCGACUGGAAGAAGAGAGUCUCAAGAUCCGGACCGAGAAAGAGAACAAUGAGCGCAUGGUCCGCGACGUCGAGGAAAGCGUCCGAGAAUUCUCCCGAGGCAUCGAAGACAACCUUAAGGAAGGCGGCCAGAGUUCGGCGGACGAACACGAGAGGAGACGCUGGGAAGACGCCCUCGGCGUUGAGGAUGAGGUUCGAGAUUUCAUCUUCGACCUUCAGCGUUCGAGCCGGGCAGCCAGAGUCAGAGCCCAGGACCGCAAGGGAGGGCGAACUAGCACAGCGGAACCUGUUAAGGCGGAGGCGCCGCCAAUCCGAUACGAAAGUCCUGCGUCGGCAUCUCGCACUGCUACUCCCUCAACCUCUCAGUCCCCCGCACCUAGCGGCGGGUCGUACUCGGCGUAUAAGACGCCAGAGGAGAGAGCCGCUUUCAUUAAGCAGCAGGCAGAGCAACGCAUGGCUGAGCGCCUAGCGGCUCUCGGUAUCAAGGCCCCGUCCAAGCCGGGAGAGACCCCGGCCCAGCGGAUAGAGCGCGAAAGGGCAGAACGGGCGGCCAAGCUUCGACAAGCGGAGGAGGAGGACGCGCGACGGGAAGCGGAGCGGCAGGCCAGAAUCGCUGAGGAACAGGGCGUGCCCCCUCCUGCUCCCAAGGUAGACGCCAAGAAACCUCCCCCGCCUCCUACGCGGAAAGGUGGAAAGCAUGACGAUGUCGCAAAGAAGGCCGAAGAAGAGGAAGCAUCCAGGAAGGCUGAGGAGGAACGUUUGUCAAGGGAGCACGAAGAACAACGACGAGCUACCCAGCAGAUGGAGGAUGCGGCUAGGAAGCAGGAAGAUGCGCUUGCAAAAGAGCGUGACGCGGCUUCGGCCCGCCUGAAGGCUUUGGAAGAGCAAGUUCGACAAGGCAAAUUGAAGAAGGAGGAGGAGAAGAAGAAAAAGAAGGCAGCACUGGCCGAAGCAAAAGAGAAGGAGGCUAAGCUUGCUGCCCAACGCGCCGAGAUCGAGUCUGCGCGCCAACGAGAGCUAGAGCUUCAGCGACAGCUCGCAGCAAUGGAAGAGGAUUCGUCGUCAGAAGACGAGGAGGGCCCGCAGCAAAUCACUCCCCAAGCAUCCACCCCGACACUCGGUAGCAGCCAAUUGGGCAGUCAGGAACUGGAACGCAAGGCCACGCCACCUCCCGCACCCGCUCCUGCGCCGCCAGCGGCGUCCACUCCUUCAGCCGUUGCCAGCCCGCCGUCCGAAACGGAAAGCCGUAAUCCCUACCGGCGGAUGCUGUCCCAAUCUUCGGAUUCUCCGGUAGCGCCUUCGACCUCGGCUCCCGCUGCUACGACCCCUGCUCCUCCACCCACCGCGCCUGCGGCGGACGUCUCUACCAACAACCCGUUCUAUCGGAUGACCCAAGACGCUAAGCCGGCCGUUUCGGUAGUGCCGCCUUCUCGGAGACGACCCGACACCGAUGACGAGUGGGGCUCUGGCAACGAGGAAGAUGACGACGACUCGGACGACGACCGCCCCGCCGCAGGUGCCGCACAGCUCGCCUCGCUGCUCUUCGGCUCUAUGGGCCCUCCUCGACCACUAUCAGCCACGGGCGACAAGUCUGCCCAGGCUUCCCCGGCUCUAGCCUCGGCACCCUUCAGCCCGCCCCCGCCCAUAGCAUCGCCUCACGAAGAUGGCGCACCAGCCGCGCCCCCGCCCCCGCCGCCAAUGCCGAACACCGGCUCGCCAGCUCCGCCGCCUCCGCCACCGCCAAUGCCUGAUUUCGGGGCAGGUGCCCCCACCUCUAUGCCACCGCCCCCGCCGCCGAUUCCCGGUGGGGUUCCACCUCCUCCACCACCCCCACCGCCCGCGGGUGACCCGCCGUCAAGCGGCGGCGGGGGCAGACCGUCCGGCUUCCUAAGCGAAAUCCACAUGGGCAAGGCGCUAAGGAAGACGCAGACGAAGGACAGGAGUGGCGCGGGCGUGGCUGGUCGGGUUUUGGGCUAGGGUGACAAAGCUAGACGGGCCUUCUCGUCUGCCGGAAGGGGGCGAAGUGCGACCGAACCGUAAUGUUUAGGACGGUGGGAGGGAGAGUGGGGAGCAUGGGAAAGAUUUGUUGUUCGAAGCACGAAGAGGGAGAUAGAGAAAGAUACGUACGUCAUAUAUGCUGUUGCUGCCGCUGUUGCUGCCGCUGCUGCUACCGCUGCUGCUAGGCUGCCAGACACAGUGGCCGGGUUGGGACGAAAUGCGCUUCGGAUCGAGGUAGAUUGUACGUAUGAGGGCGCGGUGCGAGGUGUAAUGUAGGGUGUAGUCCAGUAAUACUGCUGCUACUGAUUCCAUGGUGCGUAUGUGUGUGUGUGUGUGUGUGUGUGUGUGUGUGUGUG